AUUGAAUAACAUGGAAUCCCAUUAUUUUGCUUUUUAAGUUUGAAUCCCAAGUCUGGGCCGCGCCAUUGCUUCUUGGUCACUGCCUCGUGUGGCGCUUCCUAAUCGGAUCACGGCUGGUGAGGUCAUCGAGCGCAGUUAGCAACUCACGAUCAACAUUUCCCAUUCUCGACGUCUAACUGCCCCUCUUCCUUUCACUCAUGAUGAGCCGACCAAUUAACUCUCACCCCAGGAAGAAGGUGGCCAUCGUGGGCAGCGGCUGCGCAGGCAUCGCAGCCCUCUGGGCUCUAAACCGGACCCACCAUGAUGUCUACAUGUACGAGGCAGCAGAUCGGCUCGGAGGCCAUACAAAUACCGUGGACUGGAAAAAUGGAAAGUACACCACCAAGGUCGACACAGGUUUCAUCGUUAUGAAUGAGGCCACAUACCCAAACUUCAUCAAGUUCCUCGGCAAGGUCAAGGUGGACAUCGUGCCGACGGCGAUGACCUUUGGUGUCUCUCGGGAUCACGGGGUAUUCGAAUGGGCGGGAACGAGCCUGAAUUCCAUCUUUUGCCAGCGGAGACAUAUCUUCUCGCCGAGGAUGUGGCGCAUGAUAUUCGACAUUGUCCGCUUCAACCAGUUCGCGCUGGACCUACUGAUUAAUGAUGACUCGGAGCGUGUGGGGGCCCGCCAAGUGAACGGAAACAGCCACAAGUUUGGUGCAAAUCAUGGGACCCCGAGGGCAGAGGAGACCAUUGGAGAGUACCUCGACAGAGAGGGAUAUUCCGAUGCAUUCCGUGAUGACUAUCUCAUCCCUAUGACGGCUGCUGUAUGGAGCACGAGUCCCGACAAGUGCACGUUGGAGUUUCCUGCUGUGACCCUUGUGCGCUUCUUAUGGAAUCACCACCUGCUGUCCACGGUCGCUACCAGGCCUUCAUGGCUCACAAUCCCAGAAGGCUCUAAAGCGUAUAUCGAUGCGGUGAUGAAAGGCUUUCCGCCGAAUCACCUCUUCCUCAACACACCAGUGAGUUCGGUCACGAACGAGAGAGACGGCCGGGUCCGUCUACACCUGAGAGACGGUAAAAGUGCUGUCUACGACCACGUCAUCCUGGCUACUCAUGGUGAUCAGGCCUACGAAAUCAUCAAAAACUCGGCAACAAGAGAGGAGACGUCUAUUCUCUCCACUUUCGAGACGUCACAGAACACAGCGGUCCUGCACGCCGACCUCACGCACAUGCCUGCAGACCGCAAGGCCUGGAGCAGCUGGAACUACCUGACGCUCACCUCGCCAUCGACCGGCCGCUCGAACAUUGAUCAAGUCUCAUUGACCUACAACAUGAAUAUCCUGCAGCAUAUCCCCGUCGAUACCUUUGGCGACGUCCUCGUCACACUGAACCCACUUCACGAGCCCAAGGCUAGUACGGUGCAGGGCAGGUAUGAGUACACACAUCCGCUGUAUAAUGCGGCCAGCAUACACGCACAGGGCCUGCUUCCCAAGAUCCAAAACAAAAGAGGGAUCAGCUACUGCGGCGCGUGGACCAAAUAUGGCUUCCACGAGGAUGGCUUUAGUUCCGGACUCGCGGUCGCAAAGGAUCAUCUGGGUGCGAAAUUGCCCUUCGAAUUCGUCGACUCGACGUAUAGCCGGGGCAGGGCUCCGGUGCUAGGGCUGGCGGACUACCUCCUCAGGCUGCUCAUCUUGGUGAUCUACGUGUUUGUAGUGCUACCACUCGAGCGGAUAGGACGAGGCAUAACCUCAGCGGCGGACAUGGCCAAGGCUCAGGUGGCUGGGCACUUCAGAGAGUAUAUCAUAAAGGAGAAGAGGCAGUAAGGGCAUCGUGUCAGCUGACAUAUAUCAUUAAUCAAUAAUAUUACUACCAGCG